AUGGCAAGCACCUGGCAAGCCAGGUUACUGGAACUCGUGCAUGUCACCACUGAUCCUUUUUUGACCAAACUUCUCAAGGCGGAUUCACACGAUGAUACAAAGUUGAUGAAUCUUAUUCAGAAGUCAGAUAAUAAUGCAGAACAAAUAUUCAAAGAUGCAAUCAUUAAAGCCAUGGAUGAAUCAAUGUUUCGACCAAACAUCCCCCGUGAAGUCAUCAAGAGAAAACUGGAAGCAGAACUCGAUGAUGGCAGUAGAAAAUUCCCCAAAAAUAGCAUAACUCUAGCGAGAGAAAAGAAAGUAUCCGAAGUACAAUCAUUAAAAACCCAAGAAGAAGCUACUCUUGAAGCAUUAAACGAGUUUCUUGAUAAAAGCAUAAACGAACUAGAGAUAUUAUCGGUUCCAGAACACUACCCACUUAAACCGCAAACCGUGUCUUCCUUAGCCGAGCUUUACUAUUUAACCCAAACACUUCCAUUGAUUAAACUUCUUCCUGCUAGUCAUAAAGUCUUGAUGACUGAAAACUAUGAACUGGCAUUAUUGGAAGGAAAAAUAGCUGUAUUAUAUUCACGCAUUGAAGAACUCAAACGUCAAGGGAAAUGGUCAUUAAGACAACCACAAAAGUUCUAUGAUCCUUUCACGUAUUUGAAAAAGACCAAGAAAAAGACAUUUUAUUGGGAUAACGUGUUGCAAGAAGCAAGAUGGAUGGCCGAGGAUUUCAAGCAAUCAGCAAGACUUAAGAAAUGGUGUUGUGUGACCAUAGCCCAAGCUGUUGAAGAAUAUUGGGUUCUUGGUAAACAAGUAUGUAUAAAGAGAAAACCAAUCAAGCAUAUAGAAGAGAAGACUGCCGAGGAAGCCAAUACUGAGCUUGCGGAAGAUUCAGCUCAAAUUGCAGUAGCAGAACCAGAAACAAUCGACGUGUCAGCCUUGAAUGCAGAGGGUGAUGACGAAUCCAAGAAAACCGUGAAUGAUGAAAUUGAAAUUACAGAAUUCGAACCAACUCCUGUUGUGCCCCAGAAACAAGAUUCAAUAUUUAAAGUCUAUUUGGAUCACAAUGAUUUGAAGAAGAUUGAUCAGUCUAUUAUACAAAACCUUCCCAAAUUUACCGCUUUUGACGACGACGAAAGUACUUAUGCUCCAUCAAAGCCAUUAAAACCUACCGAACCCCCUAUUGCUCCAGUAUCGAGAUUAUUACAUCCAUUUGAAGAAGAUGACUCGUGGUACAAGAUUGUAUUGAGAGACCCCGGUACCGAGAAGAAUACCCAGGGACCCCCGGAAUAUCAAAAGGGAUUAUUUGGAUUCCAAGCCCAUCGUCGAUUCAGCACAUUGAAACCACCGAAGCCUCCUUUAAUCAAGAAUAUUGAGUUUAGAUCUCCGACAAUUUGGCUUCCACAAGAUGACAAAUAUCUUAUUCAUUAUGUUGCUGAAUUCUGUUUUAACUGGGACUUAAUAUCCGAACAUUUACUGGCACAUUCAUCAGCGGCAAGUUUCAAAAAAUAUGAGUCAAAUAUUGAAAGAAGAACUCCAUGGCAAUGUUUUGAAAGAUAUAUUCAAUUAAAUGAAAAGUUUCAAUUUCUGGACAUGAAGGGAGUAUAUGCUUAUCCAGCCCAACAAUGGCUUGAACAAGCUCACCGCACCCAACUGACCACCAAAAGAAGAAUUUCUCCAUUGGGUGUAGGUACAGAUUCCAUCCAACGGGGCCACAGAAGACUUAGAUGGGCAUCUAUGUUUGAUGCUAUGAGGAAAUGUAUGAAGAAGAGAGAAAUUGCAUUGGCAAAGAUGAAUCAUCGUAGAUCUACCACUGAUUACCAAGGCUUUAACCAAAGUCAGCAACAAACCCCAACGCAAACACAACCCGUCAGGCAAUCCUCAGAACAACCAAAUUCAGCUAACCAGGAAGUUACUCCAGUCAAGAGAAGUACAGAUAGAGUACCUACUCCUGGAGAACUUUCUAAAUUGAAAUUUGAAAGAGAUAAGUCUAUACAGGAAGCAUAUUUGAACCAACAAGCCACUAGAUCUCGUAUGAUGGCUGCUGUGGCACAACAACAGAAUCAAGCCAAGGCUGGAGGAAGUGCACCACCACAAGCACCAAUUGCACCAGGACAAGCACCAAGACCAAUAGUGAGUCAACCUCAACCUGCACUGGGUAUUCCUCGUGCUCAACAACCAGUUCAAGCUAGACAGCCAGGCCCCAAAAGUGAAGGUUGGAAUUCACCCGCGUCUAUGGGUAGUCCACAAACCAACAAUAUGGUAUUACCACAGGGGCAAGUACCUGGUAUGACUAGAGUUGGUUCUCAAAAUGGAGUUCCAUAUCAACAGCAAACGGCAGCUAAUCCACCACCACAAGCCAAACGUCCAACCACACCAAAUGGAACACCACUUACCAAUGAACAAAUUCAACAAUUGCUACAAUUGCAAAAGCAAAGACGAUUGAUUCAACAACAACAACAGCAGCAACAGCAACAGCAACAGCAACAACAGCAACAACUUCAACAACAGCAGCAACAACAGUCAGCACAUUCGUCACAACAACCUUCUCCUCAACUUCCAAUGAAUACUAUGAUGGCGCAACAACCUAUCAACUCACCAAAUCUUCAAAAUAUGCCUAUCAACCACCAAGUGCCAGUAGCUAAACCAGUUCAACAAUCCGCUCAACCACCACAGCAGAGAACUCGUAUACAUUUUGCACCUGCACAAGUUUCCGCGAUUAUAAACUCUAUUCAAUCAAAGAACCCAGGGUUUACGAAGGACCAAGUGACGAAGUUAGCUGCACAAUACCUCGCUAGCCUACAACAACAGCAACAACAGCAACAGCAGCAGCAGCAACAACAACAACAACAACAACAGUCUAUACCAUCUCAACAACAAACACCAACCAGGUACGACCAAAAUUCACAGCGAGUUGCAGGACAGCAAAGAGUGCAACAAAUGCAGCCUGUUGCACCGGGUGCAAACAACAGAAACUUUAACCAAAGUCCGAAUCCCAGGCGAAUUCAAGCACAAUCAUUAACUCCAGAAGAACGCCAACAAUUGCAAAUGCUUAAGGCCACUGGAACAUCACCUUUAGCUCAAGGGUACCUUCAACAGAAGAUGCCAGUUCAGCAACAACAACAACAACAACAAAAGCUACAAUCAGCAUCUCCCAUAACUGGUUCUCCAAACAUGUCAUAUUCAAACAAAGAAUUGGAAGAAAGAAGAAGAAUACUUGCUCAAAGACAACAAGCCGACCAGCUGAUGCAAGGACCACAGAGUUUUUCAUCAGGCAACGGACUGCCAUUCUCAGAGUAA